UUUGAGGCCAGAUGCAAGAUGGCUGGCAUACAGAUUGUAGUGGUUGUCUUCGUGUUGUCAGUGGUAGCAGGAGAGAGUAUAAACAGAUCAAAACGAGGAGCCUCAUCAAUAUCCAUAGGACCCCCCGUAGUCUAUAAAGGACCUGGCAACCACUCGGUGGAGGUCGGACAGGACUUCCAGUUCUACUGCAAAGUUAAAGGCAACCCCCUCGCUCAUGUAGCUAUGAAACAUAACCGGGAGGAAAGCCCUAUCACAGUAAUUUUCCCAAAAUACGGUACAGCACCGACCGGUGGUAGCACCAUAGUCCUCCUGGACUUGAUGAACCUCCAGCUAUCGGACGAGGGCAGGUACACCUGCUUCGGAGAGAAUAAGUACGGACGUGUCGAGAGUCAUGGCUGGCUCAAGUUUAAGAGAGCGUGUUCGUGUAACUCGUACGGAGUUGCGUACCCCCAGAAACCAUGUGACGAUGCUGGGGACUGCGUGUGUAGAGAAAACGUGGGCGGAGAGAAGUGUGAUAGGUGUUUGGAAGGAUUCUUCAACUUCCCCUUCUGUCAACCGUGUGAGUGUAACCAGUGGGGAACCGUGGAGGGGUCUCUGAGUUGUGACCAGAUAAGCGGAGAGUGUAACUGUCUUCCUGAUAAGUCUAUAUUCGACUCGGUCAAGUGCGACGGAUGUCCUCCUGGAGAGUUUUUCAAUGUUGUCACCAGCAGAUGCUCACCGUGUAGAUGUUACGGUGAAGGGUCAGAAUCAGAGAACUGUGACUACACCAGUGGUCAGUGCCAGUGCAAGGAAAACUUCAUGGGAGACAAGUGUACUCAGUGCAAGGACGGGUUCUACGACCGAAGUAACGGAUGUUAUCCGUGUGACUGCGUGGUAGAGAACACCAUUGGGUUUGAAAGACGUUGUGAUGCUGUAUCAGGACAGUGUCAGUGUAAGCCAGGAGGCGAGUACACGGACUCCCGUACAUGUGCCGCUUGUCCGGACAACACUUUCUACGACGCGGACACUGGAGAGUGUAAUUUCUGUGGGUGUGACCCCACCGGUACUGACAGGUGCUCUUCCACUGGGGAGUGUGUCUGCAAGGAGAACUACACCGGCAUCAAGUGUGAUCAGUGCGAGGCUAACUACUUCGGGUUCGAGUACGGUUACUGCCGCGACUGCGACUGUAACCCUUACGGUACAGAGGACGGUAACCUGCAGUGUGAUAUCAACGGCUAUUGUCCGUGUAAGGAUGGCCACGAUCUGAUCAACAGGAGGAAGUGUGAUGGGUGCCCGGACGGACAAGCUCUGGCGCCCAAUAGUGUGGACGAGUGUGAAGAUUGUCAGUGUGACCCACAAGGUUCACUGGGCAGUAACUGUGAUCUCUACACUGCACAAUGCGUGUGUAAACCUGGAGUGGUCGGAUCCAAAUGCGACGAGUGCCAGCCGGGUUACUACGGUCUAUCUACCCUGGGAGAGUGCACCCCCUGCGAGUGCGACCCCAACAACUCCAUAAGUCUGCAGUGCGACCAGGAUUCAGGCCAGUGCCCCUGCUUUGGUAACGUUAUCUUCACGGAUACUCGCACGUGCAGUGGCUGUCCAACUGGACAGUACAGCAAUGUCCCGGGAUCUUGUGAAGAAUGCGAGUGUAACAUGAAAGGUUCAACAUCAGUUCAGUGUAACUCUGCCGGUCAGUGCCCCUGUCAGCCUACUGUUCAGGGUCUCAAGUGUGAUGAGUGCAAGCCUGGUUUCUUCAACUUCAUGGAUGGUGGAUGUGAGCCUUGCAACUGUAACGAGUACGGAGUAGUUGAUCCGGACGCACCGUGUAAUCCGAUUUCCGGACAGUGUAGCUGUAUUGACGGACAGACCAGGAUCAACUCCCGGACUUGUGACGGGUGUCCUAAGGGGUACUUCAUGCUGGAUGCCACCACCUGCCAAAGUUGCGGAUGUCAUCCCUACGGCUCAUCAGAUGACAGUGAGUGUAGCCUGUACGAGGGUCAGUGUGACUGUGGAGCUAAUGUAGUCGGGACAAAGUGCGACCAGUGCGGUCCAGGUUUCUACGGUCUGAACCUGGUUGGUAUCCAGGAAUGUCAGUCCUGUGAGUGUGACCCUGAGGGGUCUCUGAACGCCGUGUGUGACACGUUCGGACAGUGCCAGUGUAAGGAGGGGUACGGUACUCUCAACAGCAGGACCUGUGAGGGCUGCCCUGAUGGCAUGUACGUCCAGGAUGGAGUCUGUGUUCCUUGUGGUUGUGAUCCCCGAGGGGCUCUCUCUCAGUCUUGCAGACCUGAUGGUACCUGCUCCUGUGGACCCAACGUGGACUCUGCUAAGUGUGAUCAGUGCUCAAGUGGCUACUUCUUCGGAGAUCAGAACCUGGUGGGAUGUAUCGAGUGUGGGUGUGAUAACACCGGUACACUUGGAGCCAGUGGAGAGUGUAACACCAACACCGGACAGUGCAGCUGUUUGGAGGACCCUACUAUCUACUUCAUCGACCCCCGGAGAUGUGAACCUUGUGGAGAGAACCAGUUUGCCAAGAAUGGCAGGUGUACAGAUUGUGGCUGUCACCCAACCGGAUCUGUGGAUCUGCAGUGUGACUUUGAGAGUGGUCAAUGUCUGUGCGAAGAAGGAGCGUAUGGUAUCAAGUGUGACGCUUGCCAGGACGGAUACUUCGACCUAAGCCAGGGAUGUCUGCCCUGCAACUGCGACGUUAAGAACACUAUAGGAGAGGACCCCAGGUGUAGCUCGGACGGACAAUGUCUGUGUAUCCCCGGACUCGCCUACACGGACUCUACCAAAUGUACCACGUGCCUAGAAGGAACUUACCAGAGCGAAGGACAAUGCUUACCUUGUGACUGUAACAUGGGAGGCUCUGUCAGCGGAGUGUGUGAUAAGACUAGUGGGCAGUGUGAAUGUCUGAGCAAGGUCACCGGACGCAGUUGUGACCAGUGCCAGGGUGAUACAUACGGAGUGAACUCAGGAGAGGGAUGCUCACCUUGCAACUGUAACCCCGAGGGUACAGAGGGAAGGAGCACAGCAUGUGAUCACGUGACCGGACAGUGUGACUGUAUUGAAGGGCAAAACAGAUACGAGCCCAGAACUUGUGACGGCUGUGUUAACAACUUCCUCUUCAACGAGUUCCUGCACCCCGACACCAGAGAGUGUGUUCCUUGCGAAUGUUUGGAUGAUGGAUCAAGACAGUUAAAUUGCACCCUUUACGCGGGACAAUGCGACUGUAACCCCGGUAUCAUUGGAGACAAGUGCGACACAAUCGCGCGAGCGCAGGGUGACGUGGUGAAGUACGGAGAUCCAGCCCUGCUGAGUUGUGUCCUGGAGAACGGGGCUGCUAAUGAGACCCUAUGGAUUGGUCCUGAUGGGUGCGAGAGUGAUGGCUGUGGACAUCAGAUCCUAGAGGAGAUGAACUUUAUGUCUCUGAACUACUACCCAGAAGAUGACGAGGGAUACACGUGUCGGUUUAUAUUCGACCAUCCGGAGCAGGGUCAGGUGGUACAGGAGCAGAUCGCUUAUGUGGACGUUAUCACCUACGAGCUGAGUAGUGUACGAGUACAGAAAGGAAGUGAAGUGAGCUUGACCACUGUUGUUAACGGUAUGUCGGAGAUGCCAAAGCGGGGCAUUGAGUGGAGACACAACGGCAAGUCCAGUACACAAAGAAAAAGUCAGAUCAAGGGGACUGAGGUCACUGACGAAUUUUUACAAUUGGACUCCGAAUGGACCCUAAGGUCCGUCAUCAAUCUGGGAGUUGUAGAGAAAUCUGGAAAGUAUAAUGCUCUGUUCAAGUACAGGGGCAAGGCUUUCAAGGCUUUCUCUGUCGUCACCACCUACGAGUGUAACUGUAACCCAGUGGGAUCUCUUAACAACGCGUGUGACUCGACGACCCUACAGUGCGAGUGCAAGGAUAGGUACCAGGGUCUCAAUUGUUACGAAUGCAAGGACGGGUUCUAUGAUUCUGAGGGCGGAUGUCACCCCUGUAACUGUGACAUGGGACACGCUUCAAGUAACGUUUGUGACAAAGAGACCGGACAAUGUGACUGCCCUGCUGGUAUCCCCUUCGUUAAUACUAGACGCUGUGAGAAGUGUCCAGCUGGAAGGUAUCUGGUUGACGGAGCAUGUGUACCGUGUGGGUGCGUUGAAGAUAACACCGUAGAUAACACCGCUGUGUGUAACGAUGACGGACAGUGCCCCUGUGUAGAGGGAUUCCCUUACGUGGACACCAGAACUUGCGAGAGAUGCGAUCCUGGAUCCUUCUUGAACAAUGGCGUUUGUGAACCUUGUGGUUGCUUCGGUAAGGGAUCAACUUCAUCGGUCUGCAAUGAAAAUACGGGCAGAUGUGAAUGUAAAGGCAACUACAAAGGCAACAAGUGUGACACUUGUCGGAAAGAACUAUACGGACCAGAAGAGGGCUGUGUACCCUGUAACUGUGACCCUGAUAACUCCGCUGACAACCUCUGUGAUGAUGUCUCAGGACAGUGUCAGUGUGUGGAGGAGAACGGACCGUUUGUUGAUGCUCAGAGGUGUGGAGCUUGUGGAGACAACACGAUUCUUGAAAAUGGAGGGUGCAUCAGAUGUCCAGUUGGAACCUAUGUCGAGGACAACACGUGUACAUACUGCGCUGCUGGAACCUUCUUCGAGGCUGGCUCCUGUGUAGAUUGUGAGUGUUAUGAGGCUGGCUCCGUUGACAACAACUGUGACUCGGUAUCUGGAGCCUGUACCUGCAAUGACAAAUACGAGGGACAUGCCUGUGAUACUUGCCAGGAAGGAUACUACGGCCCAGCUGACGGUUGUCUAGAAUGCAGCUGUGUUCCAGAGAAUUCCCUCUCACAGAUCUGUAACAGGAACACGGGACAGUGUAAAUGUAACCCUGAUCUGGCUCCCUUCUUGGAUCCGGUCACUUGUGAGACCUGCCCUGAUAAUCACGUGUUGGCUGAUGGUGCCUGUGUUGAAUGUGGUCCAGGACAAUAUGUUCAGGACAAUGUCUGUGUUUACUGUGAGGAUGAAAUGUAUCUCGGAUCUGAGGGAGUUUGCGUCGAUUGCGAGUGUUCACUGCUGGGAUCAUCAGAUAACGUAUGUAACAAGAUAACAGGAGUGUGCGAGUGUCAACGUGGCUACACCGGUCCCCAGUGUAACUCAUGCGAGGACGGCUACUUCAUGAACGGCGGAGUGUGCAGGGAGUGCAGGUGUCAAGUGGACCACACUGAGGGUGGUGAUAUCACCUGCGAUAACAGCGGCCAGUGCAACUGUCUGGGUGACAGACCAUAUCAGAAUUCCAAGACCUGUCGGCCCUGUCCUGUUGGACUUGUACUUAUUGAUGGAAGAUGUGAGGAGUGUGACGAUGGAACCUUCAUCAGUGAUUACCAAUGUGUUGAUUGUCCAUGUAACGACAAAGGAACGGCGUCGUGUAACCCCCGGAGCGGAGAUUGUUCUUGUAAACCCAACUUUACUGGAGAACUCUGUGAUCAGUGCGUGGACGGGUUCUACGGAUCAGACUGUUCAGCGUGCAACUGCUCCCCUCAUUCACUCGCCAGUGUUUGUGACAAGGAAUCUGGCGCGUGCACAUGUCCUGAUAACUUCACUGGCAGACGAUGUAACCAGUGUGUGGACGAAUUUUACGGAGAGGACUGUGGUGCAUGUGGAUGUGACCCGGCGGCCCUGUCCCCAGUUUGUGACCAGUCUGGCCAGUGCCAGUGUUCCAGUGAUGUACAGUUCUUCAGAGAUCCCAGAACUUGUGCUACUUGUCCUGCUAAUCAUAGGGUGGAUGGGGAUAGAUGUGUCGAGUGUGAGAGAGGAACUGAGCUGGUUAACAACGUCUGUGUUUCUUGUGAAGACGGCGAAUACGAGGUGUCUGGACAGUGUACCGAGUGCCUGUGUAACCCAUCGGGAACAGCAGCCUGUAACGCUGUAUCUGGUGACUGCACGUGCAAACACUUCUACAACGGCGCGUUCUGUGACUCGUGCGAUGAUGGUCGGUAUAAUCCUGAUGGAGGGUGUGAGUCCUGUGCCUGUGAUCCCCUCAACGCUCGGGGUACCGCCUGCAAUAAGAACUCCGGGCAGUGUGAUUGUAUUAAUUCCAAUUACCUGGUAGAUUCGCGCUCUUGCGAGCAAUGCCCGGCUGGACAGUACCUGGCAGAAGAUGGCACGUGCAGCACGUGCGCUGAAGGACACUUUGUUGAAGAUAACGUGUGUAGGUUGUGCAGUGAAGGAAACUAUCUGAAGUACGGAGAGUGCACAGACUGUCUAUGUAACCCUGUUGGAUCGGAGACUCUGAUCUGUAACCCAGUGUCGGGUAUCUGUCAGUGUGACGAAGCACACGCCGGAGAGAAGUGUCAGAACUGUGCUAGCGGCUACUUCUCCCCCUCCCUGGACGUGCAGGAGUGUAUUCCGUGUGGAUGUGUGUUGGAAAAUACUCUGGGUGGACAAGCUGGAAACCAAGAGAUGGGGAUGAAAGAGUGUGGAUGGCAGGGACAGUGCUACUGCAAAGGUGGACUCAGCUAUGUUAACUCACGGACUUGCGAGACCUGCCCCGAGGGAGAGGUUGUUAUUAACGGAGUGUGCGAUAACUGUGCAGCAGGUACCUACUUCAGCCAGGGCUCUUGUGCCGACUGUUCUUGUGAUGGUCGGGGGUCCGUGGACAACAACUGUGACGCGCAAUCUGGCGCUUGCACGUGCAAGGAAGGAAAUAUAGGUCACAAUUGUGAUGAAUGCAGUGACGGUUUCUACCGAGACGGAUCAGGAUCGUGUGUAGAAUGUGGUUGUGACGAGUCGGGCUCAACCUCCGGAGUUUGUAACAAGGAGUCCGGGCAGUGUCCCUGUGUUGGCGAACCCAGCUCUUACGACAUACCCAGAACCUGUUUCAGUUGUGAUGAGGGAUCCUACUUCAACUCAGCAAGGGGGGUGUGUAAUGUCUGCAACUGUUACGUCGGAGGAUCAGUAUCAAGCACGUGCGACUCUGAUGGACGAUGCACGUGUCUCGCCAAUGUGGUUGGUGCUAAAUGUGACACGUGUGCUCCCGAUCACUAUGGUAUCGACAAAGGAAGUGGGUGCGAGCCAUGUGAUUGUAACGCCUACGGUGUGGCUUAUAAGUCAACUCUGAACGAAAAUAGAAAGCGAGAUCGUGACAUGUCAUGUGACCAGAGGACAGGACAGUGUAACUGUGCGGUGCGCAUUAACGUCAGUCUCCGAGAGAAGUACACUCAGAACAGGUAUGAUGACCGACGUUGUGACGGCUGUCCAAAUCUCCAAUACCUGAACCCUGAUUCCCGGUCGUGUGUUGAUUGUAACUGCCAUCCAGAAGGAUCCAGAAACUUCCAAUGUGACCUUUAUACUGGAAACUGCGAAUGUAAUCCUCAGAUUGUUGGACAACAGUGUGAUACCCGCGGUUGCGAGUGGGGAAUAUGGAGUUACGGAGAAUGUGUGGUGACAGACUUUGAAAAGUGUAGAGGUAAUAGAGAGAAGUCCCGCCAACAGUUCCCCUCGGAAGGAGGAGAUUUUUCAACCAUCACCAAGGUUGCUGAUUGCGAUGAAGUAGAAACAGCCAAUUUCCCUUGCAGACAGCGUAAUUGUAAUGACAAUUAGAAACUGCCAAUCAAAACUCAUCACUCUUUAGAUCCUUUCACUCAUUUGGGAAUCUUGUUGAAGGAAGGAUUAGGACCGUUCUUGACCUUGGGGUUAUUUCCUGUACAUUUUUAUAGUUUAAUUUAAGAAACCACCUAAAUUUAGUUUUCACAUAAAUUUUGAGUCGUCUGAGCAAGACGUUGGUUUUUUUGCAUUUCGUUUUUAAAACAUCGACAGCCAAGAGGUGAAUCGAUUUUCAUACUUCCCCGGAAUUGAAACAUGAGAGGAAGUAUCAAUAUAAAAUGGCGGAACUGUUGUAUCAGGCUAUAAAGUUUCCUAGUGUAAUGAUGCAAAGAUGUGGCCCGACAUGAUAUUCUGAUAUGAUUACAAAUUAAGCAAUAUGAUAAGUGAUAAAAAUACGAUGGUUCUAAAUCUAAAUAAAACUAAAAUUGGAGGUUGCAACUGUUGACUCCAAAAAGCUGUUUGGCAUAUUCUGAUUUAUUUAUUGCUCUCUUGUAAAUAAAUUUUUAUAUGGGAUGUUUUUAAUUGUUUAUAAGUAUUUCUCUACUCUUCAAUAAUGAACGCUUUUAUUAAUUACUAAUACUAAUAAUACUAUAAUUUUUAUCUUCAUUCCCGAAACAAA